AUGAGUCAGUCUCCUAUCAAUAGAGAUCCUAAGGUUAAAGAUGAAAAAGGCUCUCCAAAAGUGCUGCCGCCUCCUAGGAGCGCUUCUGGUAGCGACUGGAACGUAAUUCCUUUGAAAGCUUGUUCUCAGGAGGAGUUGAAGGACACUAGGAACCACAUCAUGAAAUUCCAAACAAAACAGAACGUUGAUAUCAUAAAGAACUUCACUAAGCCAGUCAGAUUGCAUAGAAAAGAUCCAAGAAACAUUCAGUUUCAGCUCACAAGAGAAGAACUCGAUCGUCGAAAGAAGCAGGGUCAGGACGUAGGAAAAGACCUAUCUCAAAAUAGUGGAGAGGAAAUUCUAGACGAGAGUGGUAAUCCUGUUCCAUCCAAGAUGGAUUUGUCUCAAGUGGCGCCUGAUGGGGGCGCCCGCAAACACCGCAGAAAUAUGUUUAAGCGGAAAACGAAACAAGUACACAUGAUGGAUGAGGAAAAGAGAAAACUCCGUUACGAAGAAUUUUAUCCCUGGGUGAUCGAAGAUUAUGAUGGCAAGAAUAUUUUUGUUGGUAACUACGAAGGCGGUCUGUCUGAAUCAGCUCAUGUUUUGUUUGUCUUCGAUAAAGACGGAUUCAAGAUGGUCCCCGCAGAGAAGGUUUACAAAUUCACUCCAAGAAACAAAUACGCUACUUUAACCCUUGAAGAAGCCGAAGCAAAGAUGGAGAAAAAUCAGUCGGCUCCUCGCUGGCUCAUGAAACAUAUGGACGAUGGAACGUCCUCAGACCGAAGAUUUCGCAGACCAAAUGGCAGUGCCCAAGCUGGCUCCUCAUCGAACAUGCUAGCGAGAAACCAUUCAGGUCAAUCUCGUAUGCGUACUGUACAAGGUGGGUCGUCUUUGAACGAUCGUGACUCGGAUCAUGACGAGCUAGAUUUUGACGAAGAGUUCGCUGAUGAUGAAGAAGCUCCAAUCAUGGAUGGGGCGGAGGAAGAAAACAAAUUGUCCGAGAAAAAAAUGAAGAAAGAAAUGUUGAAAGCCGCUCACCUAGGAAAGCAACUGGAUAUUGAAGACAGUGAUGACGAUAUCAAUGACCUUUUUGAAGUUGAGAAGUCAAGAAAGGUCGAUAAGGAGGGUAAAAAAUUAAAGAAAGUUUUGCAUAAAACAGAAGGAGGAGUUUACGACAGUGAUGACAAUGAAAUAGAGAAUCCGUAUGUUUCUCAGUCAGACUUAGAGAGUGGAGAAGACUCGGAGGAAGAAAUAACGGUUAAGCGCGAGCCUACAGACGGUGGCCCUAACGAGGAGGUUUAUAAUAAACCAAAAACCAUGUUUGUUACAAGCGUCAAAGAUGGCUUUGUUGUCAUUCGUGCACCCAAACAGUUCUUGCAAGGAUUUCAGCCAGGUGAAUGGAACCCACACGUUCGAAAGCGCGCCCGUUCUGUCGAAGUUCAGGAGCCUUCCAAAAAACCUAGGAAGGACAUAUCUCCAGGUGUUCGGAGUGGCAGUGCUCUGCCCGUACCGGAGGCACCAGGUGGGACUGACCUCAACGACGCUGGACCUAAUGGUGAAUUAGUGACUACUAAAGAUGUUAUAGAUAUAGUUCGUAGCCAGCCGCUAGCAACGAAGGAGCUAUUGCUCAAGUUGAAGCAUCGCAUCGGCAUGCACAAGGAUAACAAACAGAGAAUUAUAAGCAUUGUGAAGUCAAAUCUUAAGCUAGUGGACGGUAAACUAUGCUUGAAAGAUUGA